AUGACAUCGAUCGGGUACACUCAUCACAAAAAGAACCGACCGACUCUUGGACCGCCGCUUCCGCCUAGUAGAUGGCCGCUUCAACACGUCCCCGCUUGUAUACUCGACGUGAUCGUGAAUAUACUUGCCGACGCUGCGGUCGACUUGGUCGACAAGCCGGAGAUCUUCAAGGUCGAUCCGAACCUUGAGGUAUUCAGGCCGCUUUCUCCUGAGCUGAAAAAUAUGUCGCUGGUGAACAAGGCGUUUCGCAGGAAUAUUAUGGAGAGGAAGAUCAUUCAUACAGUAGUCAUCAAGUCUCCGCGGCAUUUGACGAAGGUCCAAAGCCAAUUUACGCAAGAAGGGAGGACUUAUAUCCGCUGUCUCAUGCUAGCGGAACCCCACACUGCUGAUAACGACUCCUUCGAUGAGAAGAAAUGGUCGGCUCAACUUCGACCGUUCUUGAAGAGCCUGUCUAAUCUGGAGUCCAUCUUCGAUGAGAGUGGCGAGCUAGGCCGGACGAAGCACGCGCUUCCAAAGUCACUCCAAGGCAUCGAACUCGUGUUGGCGCCGGGCAAGACGAUGCCGCCGGCUUUGCAGACGCUUCGUCUUGUCGAGUUGUCGGUCAAGCUCAACGAGGAAAGCCAACAGGAGGAACUCAGCAACGCGGAAUCUGCGUUGUACCCUCGGAAGCUCCGUGCUCUGUGCAAAAACGUAAAGGCCUUGCAACGACUCGUCUUAGUAUUGCCAGGGCUUGCGACUUGCAUCUGCUCACACGGUCCUCGCCUAGACCAAGAGCUCCAGCUGCAGGACCCGGUCCCCCAAGGGUUACCCUGUCUCGGCAUCUUGACCUUGAAGAGCCCGUUCUGCUACAUCGAACCGGGCGGCUUGCGAGAAUCGCAUUGGUGGGGAUAUCUCGGUUGGCUAUUCCAUACUCCAGCCCGCUUUAGUCGAUUACUUGUCGAAAUGACCUGGGUACCUUAUAUGCACCUCGACGCGCCGCCGACUGUGCAGCUCAUCGCCCGGCGCAUGGGGAUCGCCGCAUACCACGGAAGCGUAUUCAAAGACCCUGUCACCGGAGAAUCGAGUAUCGCUUCUUUGAAGAAGAAUACCCUCGAUCAACCGAUGAAAGAUUUCUGCACCUCUUUGUUUCACAAGAAGAAAGAGCUGCAGCAAAUCGUAUUUCAGCUAUCGAAAUGUACCCCGAUGGAUCAAGGGCGACCGGUCCGUUACCGCCGCAUCAGCGCGGUUCGACGUUCCACCGAUGCUCCACCGUCUGAUCCCGAGGUCACAUUCGUAGAUCGGCUCGACUUCAAGGUCGUCAAAGCUACUUGUGCCGAGGUGAUCGCGAUGUAUACCGAGUGGUUCGAACCUCCGCCCGCUCACGAGCCCGGAUUGGAGAUGUGGAGGCGGAUCUUCAGGCUGCGUGCGAUGGGCAGAACCGGUGCUGGAGUUGAGGUGACCUACCCUGAGGAUGGGCACCGCAUGAUACUCCUUAGCUAG